AUGUCUGGCCAACACAUACACGUCAUCUCAGACACUGAUACUGAAUCUGAAUCUGAUGGCGGCAUGCAACUCGACGACCUGGACCGCGUCGACGGCAUACCAAUGUACGACAUCAGUGAACUUCCAAACGUGGAUGGAAGAUUUAAUGGCCGCGCCCAAAACCCCCUCACAGCAUCGUACAACCGGGCCGGCCCAAACGGCAUAACAGAGCCCCAAACCGCCUUCGAAAAGGAUGCCCGCACGCGCUCGCAUCUCCGCGACGAAAAACAUGCAGCACUGGCCGUCCUCAUGGACAGUGAGCUGCUAGUUACAUAUGCGCUUGCCUCACGAGAAACAAUUCCUCAAACCCGCCGGCGGUUUCUGACAAAAUAUCUCGCACCAAACGACCCGGAAAAAGCAGAAGAGCUCUACGACCCGCGGUUCCAUAUCGCGCCCGAUGGAAAGGGCGGGGAAGGGUCGCUUAUUCGUGGUCGAUAUCGGGAGGUUAUUGGGGAUAUUAAUGAUCAUAACUGGCAUAAGCCGGCGCAUUUGAGGGCGAUGGAUGCGAAGAAAGCUAAGGGUGGUGGUUCGCGCUCUGUUGAGGCUUCGGGGUCUUAUUCGGGUGCGAAUUUGCCGAGGAGGGUUUCUGAAGGUGUCAGAGAGGGAGGGGCUUCAUUGGCGGGGAGGAGUUCCGGGAGGGGUCCGGGUCGGGGAGUGGAGGAUGAGGAUGAGGAUCUAUGA